AAUUACCUUGUUAAAACUAAAAAGAUUAGACGACUAUCGUUCUUGAGCGUAAAGUACGGGUCAUUCACCGAAGUAGAACAAGUCCAACAUAAAACCUCAAAUAAGACCAAAAAAUGGCGGAUGCCUACGACACGUUUCUUCUCGCCGUGAGGAGAGAUGUGAACUGUUUGGCCGACCGAGACCGCAUGACCAAGAGGAAUGGCCUUCUCCGUCUAGACAAGGCAGUGCGAAAAGAAACCGAUCAUAAAUUGGUGGCGAAAUUUAUGAUCAACCAAUUUUGAGAAGAAACAGGAAGUAGCUGGGUGAACUAGAAAGUGGAACAGGAAUUAUCUGGCAGCUUUUGAAUUUGGUUACCUAGUCAGUUCCUUGUGCGCGCUUAUAAUUAAUGUGAAGAAACAAUAUCAAGUGACAACUGCUAGCUAUAGUUACACCUAUAAUUCCUUCUUUUAUUAAUUGCCCUUUCCAUCUCCAUCACGCCGUCUAAUCAGCAUCCCUAUUCUCCUGAUUUUUUUCCCCUUUCAUCUCCCUUUUCUUAGAGGAUCCCCUUUCAUCUCUCUUUUCUCAGAGGAGCUUCAGAAACCAUUACUGUCUUGCUUCGGAGACGCUACAGAGAAAGUACGAGAUGUGGCGCUGAGCCUCAUAGUCUACCUCAUCCAGGACAAGAAGAUUGUCAACGGCGAUGCGCUUAACGACGUUUUGCCAUUACUUUAUGGAAUGGAGCAACUGUCUCAGUCUGAACCUCUAGUGAUUAGGUUGUCAGAAACAAUCGGAACCCCUGGUAAUUUGCGUGUCCUUUGACUUUGAGGACCAUCCAUCUCUUGGCUUCUUGUAAACCUGAAUUACACGACGACCACAUAGACAACAUAGCACACACCCUUCCUUCUUUCCUCUUUUUACCCCACUUUUAGUUUUACUUUCCUCUUUCUCGCUGUCGCUUUCAUAUCCUCCUUGCAGCGUUGUUGGGACGCUUUAGAAUACUACCUUUUCCAGAGACGAGCGAAGAGCUGCGAUCGAGAUUCUUGGAUUUUUUAGUGCAUCUCACAC